AGCCCGGAGCUUCCCCUGCUGUCUAAAGACGGAGAUGUGAUGAUCGGAGGAGCCUUUUCUAUCCACAGCAAAAUUGCACAACCUUCUCUUUCCUUUACAGAAAAACCAACACCCUUCACAUGUUCCAGCAUUAACCUCAGGGAGUUUCGAUUUGCUCAGACAAUGAUAUUUGCUAUUGAGGAAAUAAACAAGAGUAAACAUCUUCUUCCAAAUGUAUCUAUUGGAUAUAGAAUUUAUGACAACUGUGGCUCCACUUUAUCUUCAAUGCGUGCAGUGAUGGCUUUGAUGAAUGGCGAUGAGUUGUUGAUAGAAAAAAAUUGCUCUGGUCAGUCAGCAGUACAUGCUAUCAUAGGAGAGUCUGAAUCCUCGUCAACUAUUGUGCUGUCACGCACCACCGGACCCUAUCAAAUACCAGUGAUAAGUCACUCAGCUACAUGUGAGUGUUUGAGCAGCAGGAAGGAGUAUCCCUCUUUUUUUCGAACCAUUGCCAGCGACUUGCAUCAAAGUCGAGCUCUAGCUCAGCUGGUCAAACACUUUGGCUGGAGCUGGGUAGGAGCAGUGAACAGUGACAGCGACUACGGCAACAACGGCAUGGCCAUCUUUCUUUCUGCUGCUCAAGAGGAAGGAGUGUGCGUGGAGUACAUUGAGAAGUUUGACAGGGCAGAGCCGGAAAAACUCCUCAAAGUGGUGGAAGUGAUUCGAAAGAGCACGGCUCGGGUCAUUGUUGCUUUCCUGGCGCAUGUAGAAAUGAACAACCUGCUGGAGCAGUUAAAUGUGCACAACAUCACGGGUCGACAGUUCAUUGGUGUUGAGGCCUGGAUCACUGCGGACAGCCUUGUAACUCCUACCAGCUUUAGUGUGCUGGGAGGCUCACUCGGGUUUGCUGUGCAGAAGACCAACAUUAGUGGACUGAACACGUUUUUGGUGGAAGAUUUCUGGGAAACAGAUUUUCAGUGUGAGGAGAACCACAUUGAUGUUGCUUCAAAAAGCUGCAAAGAAAAUCAAGAUUUAAUGAAGUUAAGAGAUUACAAUGAUGAUGUGGAAGAGCUAAGAUACUCCAGUAAUAUAUACAAGGCUGUUUACGCAGUGGCCCACUCACUGCACAGCAUCAUGAAAUGCUCAGACAGUCAGGGGUGUGACAAGACUUCUGAAGUUAAACCGUGGCAGGUUAUAGAAGCUCUGAAGCAGGUGAACUUCAUCAUCAAGAAUGGUGAGCAGGUGUGGUUUGAUAGCACAGGGGCAGUCCUGGCCAGGUAUGAAGUGGUGAACUGGCAGCAGAGAUCAACUGGAUCUGUUCACUUUGAGCCAGUUGGCUACUAUGAUGCUUCUCUGCCUCCUGGACAGAAGUUUGUACUCAACACGGAGGCUAUAAUGUGGCCUGGAGGAAGCACGAAGUUGCCUGUAUCAGUAUGCAGUGAAAGCUGCCGUCCAGGAACUUACAAAGUCCUUGAAAGAGGAAAGCCAGUAUGCUGCUUCCACUGUUUGCCAUGUCCAGAUGGGGAAAUCAGCAACAGCACAGAUUCUAAUGACUGCAAUCAAUGUCCUGAGGAAUUUUGGUCCAAUCAAAUCAGAGAUGCCUGUGUACCAAAAAAUGUUGAAUUUCUAAGCUACACUGAGGACAUGAGCAAAAUACUGAUGUUUUUUACUCUGUUCGGUGUUGUCCUUACUGUAACAGUGGCUGUUCUGUUUUUAAUCAACAGGGACACUCCAUUGGUAAAGGCCAACAACUCUGAACUGAGCUUCUUAUUGCUUUUCUCCCUGUCUCUGUGCUUUCUUUGCUCUCUUACCUUCAUAGGCCGACCAACUGAAUGGUCCUGCAUGCUGAGACACACGGCUUUUGGUAUCACCUUUGUCCUCUGCAUCUCUUGUAUUCUUGGGAAAACAAUAGUGGUUUUAAUGGCCUUCAAAGCAACACUUCCAAGCAGUAAUGUGAUGAAAUGGUUUGGGCCUGUUCAGCAGAGACUCACUGUUUUUUCGUUAACUAUCAUACAGGUCAUAAUCUGCAUCCUAUGGCUCACAAUAAAUCCACCCUUUCCCUUUAAAAAUAUGAAAAUCUUUCGGGAGAAGAUUAUUCUUGAGUGUUCUCUUGGGUCAUCUCUUGGCUUCUGGGCUGUUUUAGGUUACAUUGGAAUUCUCGCACUUUUAUGCUUUGUAUUGGCCUUUUUGGCAAGAAAGUUGCCAGAUAAUUUUAACGAGGCUAAGUUUAUUACUUUUAGCAUGGUAAUAUUCAGUGCAGUCUGGAUCACAUUUAUCCCAGCUUAUGUUAGCUCUCCUGGAAAAUUGACUGUUGCUGUGGAGAUUUUUGCAAUUUUGGCAUCAAGCUAUGGCAUACUUUUUUGUAUAUUUGCACCAAAAUGCUAUAUUCUUGCACUAAAACCUGAACUGAACACAAAGAAAUCCAUGCUGGGUAAAUCAAAAUGAUGUUAAAAAGCAUGUAAUGCCUUUUCUUUUAAAAUUACACAAAACAUUAUCUUU